CAGGGCUGACAUCUCAGAUGCUGCUUCCCUCUGGUGGUGACUGCUGGCCCUGCAGCUGAGACCACGUGAUUUCUAGGAAAUGCACCUCCCGGAGGAGAACUGAAACUUAGGGUGGGGACUGUAGAAAGGGGAGGAGAGAUCACAAACCUAGCCUAGAACAAACAGCCUGUGAUAUCCUCGUUCGCUCAGGAUGGCCUCAGGCAAAGCACGCUGUACCCGGAAGCUCCGAAGUUGGAUAAUACAGCAAGUGGAAAGUGGGCAGUUCCCAGGUGUGUGCUGGGAUGAUGCAGCCAAGACUAUGUUCCGGAUUCCCUGGAAGCAUGCAGGCAAGCAAGACUUCCGAAAGGACCAGGAUGCUGCCAUAUUCAAGGCUUGGGCACUGUUUAAGAAAAAGCACAAGGAUGAGGACAUAGGACCCCCUGCUGUCUGGAAAACUCGCCUGCGCUGUGCCCUCAACAAGAGUCCUGAAUUUGAAGAGGUUCCUGAGAGAGGCCGCAUGGAUGUUGCCGAGCCCUACAAAGUGUAUCGGAUACUGCCAUCAGGAACCCUCCCUACCCAACCCAGAAGCCAGAAAUCAGCAUCAAAGCGAUCCAACAGUGCUGUGUCACCGGACAGGGAAGAGAGUAAGGAGAAGGGGAGGACCAGUGAGGUUGUAACCCUCUCAGACUGUGGCGGCGGCGGCGGCGGCAGCAGCGGCUACAGCAGCAGCAGCAGCCCUGAGCCGGAGGAAGGUGCUAGCACAACUGAAGCCCCCAUUCAAGAGGACCCAGUACUCACAGAUCAUCUGCUUCCUCUGAACUCAGACUACUCUCUGCUGCUCACCUUCAUCUACAGUGGGCGUGUGGUGUAUGAGACCAGGGUACACAGCCUAGACUGCCGCCUUGUGGCUGCGCCCUCAGCCUUGGAGAGCAACAUGCUACAGGUGAUGUUUCCCAAACCUGAUCCUCUGGAGCCUAUCCAGCACCUACUGAAUCAGCUUGAGAGAGGCGUCCUGGUGGCCAGCAAUUCCAGAGGCCUCUUUGUUCAACGCCUUUGUCCCAUCCCCAUCUCCUGGAACGCACCUGAGGCCCCACCUGGGCCUGGUCCGCAUCUGCUGCCCAGCAAUGAGUGUGUGGAGCUCUUCAAUACCACCUGCUUCUCUAGAGACUUGGCCCAGUACGUCCAGGGUCUCGGCCCUCCGCCCAAGUUCCAGGCAACACUGCAUUUCUGGGAGGAGAGGCCUGGCUCUAGCCAUACCCAGGAGAAUCUUAUCACAGUGCAGAUGGAGCAAGCUUUUGCCCGGCAUUUACUGGAGAAAAUUCCAGAGGAGCAGGAAGCGGCUUUGUUCCUGGUACAGAACCCAGAACACCCAUUUGCUGCUUUACCAUUCUGAUCCUCAGGGCUCUGUUGAAAUACACUUGUUCUCCACACCAUUGGUCUGCCUGCUUUGUGUGGGUUAUACAACAUGGCUGGCAGUGCAGGAUCUUUUUAUCUUUAAAGUAACUAUUUUGAGAGCCAGGUUUGUUGGUGAAUAUUUGUGAUCUCAGCACUUGGGAGACAGACUGAAUGACUUUUAUUUUAGAUAUACCCUCUUUAUUUUAGAUAUACCCUCUUUCAUCUCUAAGGAGCUGGAAAGUUUAUGCUGUCUUUCCAGCCCCUAACUCUGAAUCCAAGCACUUUAUGUUUCCUUCCUAGAAUUUUAAAUAAAAUUCAACUGGGUGGGGUAGUA